AUGGAAGGUCGAACCAAGUCCCCGGGUCGGACGUUGCUCACCGCCUUGCCCUUCUCGGCCAAGAUUAUGGCGUAUAAGAUACCCGGCGACUUUAAGUUCCCCGAACAGGCCACCUUCGACGGAUUCGACGACCCACGCGAGCAUCUUUUGAGUUAUCAAGCCAAAAUGAAAGUGCUGGGGGUUCGAGAUCCCGUCAUGUGCCGCGCUUUCCUGCUGACGCUGAAGGGAUCGACGCAAAGAUGGCUCGUGAGCUUGCCCCCGGGCUCAAUUCGCAGCUUCGAAGAGUUGGCCGACCGCUUCAUGAGUCAUUAUGCGGCUAACAUCAAGCCGCAAAAAGAUUUAACACAUCUCGGGGAUAUCCAUCAAGAGGAGGGCGAAUCUCUCAAAACUUACCUGGCCCGGUGGCAAAAGGAAAUUCAGUCCAUUGAGGAAGUAGAGGACCAGACUGCCCUCACCUUCUUCAUCGAAUCGCUGCGAUCCGGCCAAUUGUAUCGCGACCUUCGGGACAACCGGCCCGCCACCUACGCGGAGGCUAUUCACAUGGCCAACAAGCGGGCCAAUACGGAACAAGCCGUAAAACAUAAACGACAACGAGAAGUCGGAGGAUCUUCCGGGGGAAAGCGAACCCGGGCAGAGGUACGGGAAAGAUGUCCGGACCCGGCCCGGCGACCCGAAGCUCGACGUGUAUACGGCCGCCGAGUGCAAGUGAAUGCCAAUGCAACCCUCCGGCUGGUUGUAGAUCGGCUGGCCUUCCGGCGGGAAGAGGGUGGCCGAAGGACCAAGAAGGAAGGCGGCCAUAUUGAGGUCCGCCUCAGAGACUAA